GCUGCCCGCAUCUCGAGGCGCGCCGCGCAAUCCUCACACAGCCUCCGGCACCUCCUCCUCCUCAUCCUCCUCCUCAUAGCGCAACUCACAGCGCUCCGUCCACACUCACUACUCACAGUCACCACCUUGCUCCUCCUGCUCAUCCUACCUCUCUUCAUCGCUGCCCGCUGUAGAGGCUUCAUCAUCAUCAUCGCCCCGUGCACCACCACCACCACCACCCUCUCACGACGAUCGCUGUGCCAUUAUCUGCUGCAGUCCAUCGCUGUGCCCGCGUGCACCUGGUCAGCUGAGGACACAGUUGAGUGGGAGUGGAGCAGGAGAGGCUUCUUCGGCUCCUGCAUCACGCAAGUCGGCUGGAGCCACACUGAGUUGCCACAAUGAAGCAGGGGCUUGCAGCAGCAGCAGCAGCAGCUGCAACCACCACAGCCGUCGCCAGCGGCAGCGUCUUGUUCCUGCUGCUACUGCUGCGACUCGGGACCCCGGUGAUCGGGGCGCCCACGUGCCCUAGCAAUGAGUUCACGGGCGACGGCCGCUGCUGCCAGGAGUGCGGGCCAGGCUGGGGCAUGGCCGAGAGGUGCCGUGGACGCAACAACACGCAGUGCGAGCCCUGCCACGACAGCCUGACCUUCUCGUCGUCGUGGAGCCACACGGAGCGCUGCCUGCCGUGCCGCGUGUGCCCCGGGGGCACGCGCGUGCGUUCGCCCUGCACGGAGGCCGACGACACGGUGUGCGAGUGCGACGACGGGCUGUACGCGCGCGACACCGACGGCGCGUGCGUGCCCUGCCGCCUGUGCCCGCCGGGCACGGGCGUCGUGUCGCAGUGCUCGCCGGACGGCGACGCCACCUGCGAGCUCUGCCCGCCGGGGUUCUACUCGGAGUGGAGCAGCAACGCCGAGCCGUGCAUGCCGUGCGCCAGCUGCUCUGACGACCAGGUGGAGCUCAAGGAGUGCACGCCAAGCGCCGACACCAUCUGCUUCGACAAGAACCCCGGCAUUCCGGACCUGCUGCCGAAAGGUCGCGGCACGAUGUCCCCCCGCGGGCCCGAGCCGGACGAGCUCGACCUCCCCGAGUGGGAUGUUGACGGCGGCGCUGGGACGGCGUGGGCCGCGGGGGUCCCCCCGGGGCCGCGCGUGAGGGAGACGGAGCGCGAGGAGGAAGGGGGCCUCUCCGGCGUGGCCAACAGCACGCACGGCACACCGGCCAGCAGCCAGGAACCGCUGGGCGGGCAGUCCCGCGACAUCAUCCCCGUCUACUGCUCCAUCAUGGCGGCGGUCGUGGUGGGGCUGGUUGCCUACGUCAUCUUCAAGCGGUGGCACAGCUGUAAGAACGUUCAAGGCAGCAAGGCGCGCGGCGAGUACAGCGCGGCCGCCGACGGCGAGAAGCAGCACCAGGACAGCGGCGUGUUCGUGGACACGCACGGCGCACAGCCGCCCACCGCCUCCGGUGGCGGCGGCGGCGGCGCCAGCGGCGGCGAUGGCGGCGGCGGCGGAGAGAGAGGGCGCGCGGGCGAGGCCGGCAAGUGGAGCUAUGCGGCGCUGCCGGCGUGCACGCGCGACGAGGUGGAGGAGCUGCUUUCUGCCGACGAGGAGGGUGGCGGCGGCGGCUGGCGGGGGUUGGCGGCGGCGCUCGGCUACGACGCCGACGAGACGGAGGCACUGGCCGGGGAGGAGCGGCCCGCGCGGGCCCUCCUGGCGGCAUGGGCGGCGCUCCCGGGCUCCACGCAGGACACGCUCGUCGACGCGCUGGGCCGGCUGCAGCGCGGGGACGUCAUCGCCCGCUUGCGCCAGGAGACCACGGCGAUGUCCGUGGUGUGAGCGGCGUCCGGGAGCGGUGUUCAGCUCGUGAUUAGCGUGAGCCCACGGUUGUAUUUUACAGACCACAUUGAAAGGGAGGAGAGGAAGGUGAAUUUUUAAAAAAUUACGUUUCUAAAUUACGUUGCAAUGUUGUUUUCUUUAUUUUUAUUAAAUUUUUUAGGCCAAGCUUGGCUGACUAGAUGAAAUAAUUUGGAGGCCCUUGUCCAAUCUUCCCACCGCUUCGAAGCCGAGUGGCGGGGCCCCUUAGGCCCAUAGGACCUGGUUCAUUGGCACCACCAGCACACUUGAUAGAUAUGCCCCUGCACUGAAAGCAAAAACCCGCAGUUAGUGUUUUGUUCAUCAUGCUGGCAGGACAGCAAAGAUGACGUUUCUAAUUACAGAAGUGCAUGGACCUUGAUUUAUCACAUAGGAAGUACACUCAGCUUUGCAAGUCAGCAGCCAGCAAGAGAAUAUUUGCCAUGCGGUUUGGCUCAAGUCAAUAUGUAUCCUACUUGUGAGUAUUUAGCCUGCUCACAAUUUUAUGGAGGGAGAAAAAAAUUUGAUAAAAUAAAUGACACAUGCAAUUUCCCCCCACCCCACGCCCACUAAUUAGGCAGUGGUACAUUUGGUGGUUUGGUGACAAAUUUUCUACAGUUGCCGCAACACCGUCACAUUGGCAGGAAUCAGUAGUGGCAGAGCUCCCAUCACCAUGAAGGAUGAUCGUGUUGCUUCUGUGAAAUUUGUCCUUUUCUCUGCCGGGUCUUGGAUUUAGCGGAAAGUGUUGAUCUCUUCAGUCGCCAGUCCUCCACAACAGGACUCACCACCUCUCCUUUCCUCAAUCAGAGUGCAAGCAGGGGAGAGGCGGCCUCAAUCGACUGUUAGAAUUGAUUAACGCCUUCUUUAAUAGGGGUGGCUUGAGACUCCCUCCAUACGCGGCACAUUAAUGUUAGAUUAUGCGCACAUGUUUGCCUCUCGUUAUAAUGUGUGCUUUUAAUCGUUUUUUUUUAUCCUGCCGUGGCGUCUGUCUAAUGCAACGGGACUGCACUGCGCAUGACAGCGGACUUGAGCCACAUGUUGGGCCCGACUGGAAUGCAACGCAACGCCGCUGCCCUGCACUGGAUGUCACCACCAACGAAUCGUUUCACGAAACAUUCCUCGCAAAGUUAAGAGGAACCAGGCUGCCUUGGCCUCGUCUGAAUGCAGCUGCAGGAUGGGAUUUUUUUCGUGCACAUCAAACGAUGGCCAUUCACGGCGGCGCUGUGGAAGCACGCAUCUGAACGGAGUUUGAAAGCGGGGCAUGUGAGAGAUUACGCGCAGAUCUGCCAUAGAGGUCCACACUAUAUUAACGGUAAUAUUUUAAAAUAAGUAACAGUAACUGAGAAGGCAAAUACUGUAGUUUAGAAAACUUUCACAUUUUUCUGUCCGUUGUCCAGCUCCAUGUGUCACCCCCUGCUUCUGCACCCCCCCCAUCCCCUCGCGUUAAAUCGUUGCGUUAUCUGAUUCGCACUGUGCUACAGACUCUGCGCGCAGUCGCCUAGCGCGCGGGGCAGGCUGCUCGGUGGGGUCCCGUGUGUUUGUGCAUUCCGUGGGCAGCAGGCGGCGGUGACGCGCACAUGAACGGACCUCACUUUCACCCGGUUGAAAAAAGACCAAUUACUACCAGGCAUGAGCCCACGAAGCACAACUUAUUGAUUAUUUUCAAACGAGGACUGCAGUUGCUUUGAAAAGUAAUGCACUGGUCGGCGUUUACCGAGUCCAGGUUGUGCACUAUUUGCCCCGCCUACAUUUUAGGUUCUGAACUGGAUUUGAAAAUGGGGGGGUUUGUCCGUCAUUGUGACGCCUCUGUGUGAUAUUUCCGUUGACGCGACCCUGCAUGAACUGAAAUGCGUUCUUUCAAAUGCUCGCAGGAAUUUGAGCUGCCAUGGGUUUUGCACUCUCGUGAGGCAGUGCCCCAAAUGAAAUUGCAGAAAUUUGUAUUCCUCAUUGGUUUUUGCUAUUAAUCAAAUCUUCCCCUCGCCCCCCAAUCAUUGAUGUUAUUAUGUUUAAUUCAUUGUUGCUAUAUGCAUUUAGAACACAUCGCAUAUUAAAGUGAUCGGUUAAUAUCUCGAUUAUCGAGUUCAUUCAUCGAUUUAUUGACAGAGCAAACAAUUUGCCUGGCAUUUACAUAAAUAGCUAUACAAUUUCCGCACGCGUGGCUCAAAACAUGUCUUGGCAUAGGAUUCGAUGGAAUUGAUGAUGCCGUCGAUGUGAUCAUCGUUUUCCCGCUCACCGCUCAUUCCUGCCAGUGCACUCUGGGCGUGCAGAGCGGCGAGUUUCCAGCAGUUUCAAAUGCAGGCCAGCUGCCCCACAUUACCAUGUAAUCAACAACAGAUCCAUUUAAUCUUAAACAAUCGAUUUUUCUAAAUAGCCUAUGAAUUAUUUCAGCACUGUAACGGAUGCCACUCUGGUGAUCUAUGAGGCAAUAUCCAGUAAACAACAAAGGAGUGCAUGCUUAUUCAUAUUCUUAGGUUUUUUUCGGUGAAGUCACGUAGGUAAAACAUUAAAAUUAAAAUUAAUAAAAGUAAAAUAAAAUAAAAAUAAAAUAAAAAUCACGACGUUUUAUUUUACUUUUAUUAAUUUAAAAUUUUUACCUACGUGACUUUACCGAAAAAACCUAACAAUAUGAAUCAUUGCAGUCACGAAAGCUUCAAAUCUAGAAUGAGUGCAUGCUUCUUUCUAGCAAAGCGUGGAUGUGUAUUUAAUGCGUGGAUUGUGUCUCCGGCUCACGCAGCCUUGGUGUCACACAAACUUUCAUACUGUCUCACAAAGUACUGAAUAAUUAAACUCCGCAGCAGUGGCAGUAGCAAUAGUCGCUGAGAGCACAAUCGUUAGAGGUCAGCCAUUGCCGUGGCAAGCAUACGUCAGAUGAACUCCAGUGGUCACGAUGAUGAUGAUGAUCACAAUCAUCAACAUCAUCACGUCAGAUUAACUUCAGUGGUUAAAAAUAAUGUUAACCAUAAUCCGUGAACUUGCCCAGCCUGACGAUCAACUUGCUGUCUCAUAUGAAGCGCAGCGUUGUAUAUAAUCUGUACACUGUAUAUAAAUCCCCCCCCCCCCCCCAUUACCUUUUAGAAGGGAGGUGGCUAAAGCUGUUGUUGUUGUUGUUUGGAACGCCAGACGUAAAUGUGUAAACAAGUACUCCCACUGCUUUGUAUUAUUAUUAUUGUUGUUAUCUCAUUGUAUUUCAUACAUAACAUUUACAACAAGGAGGAAAUGUACCAGAUGCUUAACGAGCCGUGCUCUUCCUUUGACAUUGUACUGUGUCUGAAAGUCGCCGCAUUUUUACCCUUGUACUGACCAGCAAAAUGUAAAUAAAAGUCGCUUAAGUGAU